GGACACAAAAGGGGAAAAAACACAGACCCUGACACUAAGUCUCUCAGAUUCAGCCUUUCUUGCUUUACGGAACUCUUUUCCAGCCUUGGGAGUUUGAGAGCCGUUCUUUUUUUGCACCUUUAAACAUCUAACUUAUUAAACUCAGCCUUGACUGAGUUUGCACUUUUUAUUAUAAAAGAACUGUGUGAAGGACAUUUUUUAACAAGCCUAAAUAAUGCCUGUGCAAUUAUUUUCUCAAAGCAGAGAAAGGUUCUUAUAAUAGCAUGGAGCUUUUUCGGUACAAAUGGAUUGAAUGUAUGAUGAACCUUGAGAAGGGAGGUUUUUUAAGUGUGACAUGUAAAAAAAAAGUUUAUAUCCUGCCUUUAUCUUUUUAUGUCAUUUUACAUUAUUACGGCAAUCCUCAAUCUUUUGACUGAGCAGAGAUGUAAAUGACAAGCACAACAUUGCACAAAGCCAGGAAAUCCAAGAAAAUAUGCACGGUUUUCACAACAAGAGUUGUGUGCAUUUCUAUUUAGCCUCUCUGAAACAUGCAGAAACACCUUUUGAUGCAUUUACAACUGCUUUCUUACAGAUUUCUUGAUUUUCCAUGAUCUCAAAAGGAAACAGUGUGUUUGACUUAAAGUAUGCCUCCUUUUCACUUCAAUAUCAUCAAGUCUUGGAAUGAUCUUUUAGGUUUUUGUGCUAAUUGUUAAAAAGGUACGAACAUCUUAGUGUGUUUGAUUUUGAAGUAGGCAAUGAAAAAUCGACAAUUUUUUUUGGUAUUCCGCAAAUGCUACGUGUCUCACCUUCUAGUGAGACACAUAGCACUCACUAGAAGGUGAAAGUCCUUCCAGUCUCAAGUCUGCAGUCUAAAAAUAGCAGGACAAACUUUUAUUUAGCUCCACUGCUUUAUGUUCCUCCAUCACAUUAAAAUACAUUAAGGUCUGGAGCUGUGACGUAAAAAAAAAAAAAGAAAAAGCCUUAAAACGCUAGGAAUGCUUUUGCACUGUAUAACCAGAAUUAAUUGAAAUCAGGGAGAAAAACUCUUCCACAAACAGCAAAUCUGUUUGUCUUUAACCUUACCUAGUGACAACCCUUCACCUCCUCCCGUCUCAGGGUCAGGUGACCUCUCCGUCUGCCUUGAAUCAGUUGGGAUUAGUCAACAUACCAGCUGCCUUCGGCUGAUGGCAGUAGUCCAGUAACACCAGCAAGUAAGGAGAGUGUUUUAUUGUUUCCUUUUGAUUCUCUUAUUUAUAAUUAAGAAGCCCAUAUGGGGAUAUGGGAGUUAAAACAAAAGACAAUCUAUAGGAAGCGAGUAGAAAAAAUCAGGACGAGGUGUCGAGGAUGAUCUCCUGAUCUUUCCACCGCAGCAGCUUAAUGACUUAAUGUUCAUUUGAGCCCCCAUUAGGCAUCACCUUCUGAGCUUCCAUGGCGUCUUUGGACGAAGAGCUCACCUGCUCCGUUUGCCGAGACAGCUUCAGCCAGGCCCACCCUCUACCUUGCGGCCACAGCUUCUGCCCCGCCUGCAUCCGUGAGGCCUGGAGCGCUCAGGGGGAUGGAAAGGGUCGCUUCACCUGCCCCCAGUGUCAGGAGGAGCACGGCGAAGUCCUGUGCGACUGCUGCCCUCUGCAGGCGGAGGACAGUCGGCCCCCGAUGGCCGUAAAGACCUGCUUGAGGUGCGAGGUGUCGCUCUGUGCCGACCACCUUCGGCCCCAUCUGGAGAGGCCGGCGUUCAGCUCCCACCUGCUGGUGGAGCCGCUGGGGGACCUGUCCCAGCGAAGGUGUCCGGCACACGCGGAGGUCUUCCGCUACUACUGCGUGGACGAGCGGGUGUACGUCUGCGGGGACUGCCUGCUGGAGGGGGCGCACGCGCUGCACAAGGUGAAGCCGCUGAGGCAGGUGGAGGAGGACCUGAAGGUCAUCUUACAGACGCUCCUCCUCAAAGCAGAAAAGAAGCUAAAAGACGGGGAGAAAGCUCUCAAAGACCACGAAAACAUCGACUCUGCAAUGGYGGACUCCCUGAAGCAGGACGACGGCCAGGUGGAGCGGCUGGACACGGACCUGCAGGCCCAGGUGAAGAAGCUGGUGGCGGCUCUGAAGGAGCUCACCAAGAGGGAAAGGCAGCAGAUCAUAGAGCAUGUGCACCAGGACUGCGCCAAAGUGAGAGACGACAUGAGCCAGACGGCGCACAUUCAGCGCUACCUGAACCUGCUGCUGGCAGAGACCGACCCUUUCCUGCUCAUCUGGGCAUUUCAAUCAGACGACACAAAAUUGCUAGCAGACCUGAACUGCCCACUUUUCCUCCCUGAGCCCAUCUGUGUGGACAGGAAGCACAUCCUGGAAGACAUAGAGGGCAAAUAUCGGGAGUUCAUCACGUCCACCCUCCGCUGCCUCAGCGAGCUCAAGAGGGAGCUCUUAACCAGCCCUCUGUCCCUGGACACAAACUCUGCCCAUCCUCUGCUGAGCAUCUCUGACGACCUGCGUUCAGUCAUGCGUGUAAAAAGCCGGCUGCCCUGCGCCGCUCACCCCGAGCGGUUUGACCACUGGCCACAGGUCCUCACCGUCCAGACCUUCUCCUCCGGGACUCACUACUGGGAGCUGGAGGCUGAGGGAUUCUGGGAUGUCGCCGUCUGCUAUCGGAGCAUCGGACGGAAGGGGAAGGAAGGGAACGCUUUUGGAAACAACAAGGUGUCGUGGAGCUUGACGCAGCAGCACGACAAAAAGCUGUCUGCCUGGCACAACCGCAGGAAGACACGGCUCACAUACCAAAUGGUCGGCAAUCGAGUCGCAGUUGCCGUGGACUACAGCUCUGGGACCAUCACCUUCUCCGAAGUGGGACCUUCCAACACCCUGAUCCACCUCCACACUUUCUCCACCAGCUUCGCCCAGCCUGUGUGUUUGGGCUUCGGACUCUAUAAAGCCGAGCUCAAGAGCCGCAUCUCUGUGGUCAAAGUGUGAGCAGGAGAUCGAUGCGACUGGGACUUUUGCCGUGAGCCAUGCCCACUUCCUGACUGACUGUAAUGGCGUUCUCCUCCUAAAAAGUGCGUUGAUGGCGUAUCAACAUGGUCGCCUGUCUCAUAAAUGCUUUCUAACAAUGUGAAAUGUGAGCACAGAAACUUGACUGUCUUUAAAAUAAAGAGAGAGCUCUGUUUUUAAGCAAA